AUGGCCCAGCAACGCCACUUUCGUCGGGAGGAUUACACAGUAGGCUGGAUAUGUGCCCUGCCUGUCGAACUCGCAGCCUCUCAGGAAAUGCUCGAUGAAGAACAUGGCGCAUUGAUUACCGGUCUCCACGACAGCAAUAUAUACACUUUUGGUAGCAUUGGCAAGCACAACAUAGUCAUCGCCUGUUUACCAGAUGGUGAAACAGGAACAAACUCGGCCGCUGUAGUGGCAGCCCAGAUCCAACUCGCCUUCCCGUCAAUCCGGUUUGGUCUCAUGAUCGGCGUUGGGGGAGGAGUGCCAACUACAAAUGCAGACAUUCGUCUAGGAGACGUGGUAGUCAGCAGUCCGGAACAGACGCAUAAUGGCGUAGUGCAAUACGACCGUGGGAAAUUCACUCCAAACGGCUUCCAGAGAAAGGGCUUUCUUAAUGCGCCCCCCAAGGUUCUACGAAAUGCUGUUUCACAACUCAAAGCCAGGUAUAUGCGGGACGAAGAACGGUUUAUGGAAUAUGUUGCAAAGUUUGAUCGUCUCCCUACUUUUACAAGACAAUAUGCAGGUCCUGAUAUCCUCUUCGUAUCCGAUUAUGACCACGUAGGAGGGUCCACAUGCGACCAUUGCGACAUGACCCGAAUAUCAAAACGGCCACGACGUGCUCAAAAUAUCAGCAUCGUACACUACGGAACAAUUGCCUCGGGUAACCAAGUCAUGAGAAACGCCGCCGAACGAGACCGAGUCAGCGCGGAGCUCGGUGGCGUACUCUGCUUUGAGAUGGAAGCAGCAGGCCUGAUGAACGAGUUUCCGUGUCUCGUUAUACGAGGAAUAUGUGACUAUGCCGACUCCCAUAAGAAUAAGAAAUGGCAGCCGUAUGCUGCGGGUGUUGCAGCUGCAUACGCUAAAGAGCUGCUUUCUGUUAUUCCAUCCACUCAAGUCGAGGAGACGCCUGCUGUUGAAGCGGUUAUAGGCAGAGCAAGAGGCAGCGCCAGAUCCCCUAGAGCCCCAAUUCAGAGUAAAAGAUUCCAGGCAACCUCAGCUGCAGAGCGAAGAAAUCAAGGACCGAAGAGAGAGGCCAUCCCCGUUGAUACACAUUCUAGCAUGGAUGAUAUGUUCUCCAGUUGGGAGCUUUGA